AUGGCUAGUAUAACACAACAAAACUACCCCUCGCACCUAUCUGCUGACAUGAAUGCACAGGAGGAAGUGGAUUACUCGAAACUACCCUUGGAAGAGCGGUUAAGCCAUAAAGUAUGGAAAGCACGUUUGGACGGCUAUCAAGAACUGAAGCAAAUAUUGUCUUCCAAUCCCUCCAUCAAGGAUAACAAAAUAUCUAUAUAUUGGAGAGACCCCUCUUUAUUUAACAAAUUUAUUACAGAUUCUAAUGUUGCAGCUCAAGAGCACGCAUUGGUGGCCUUCGAAUCAUUAAUAAUAGCGUUUACCCCGUUGGCCUCGGCAAAACACGUAUCCACAUCAUUAUUACCAAUCUGGAUUCCCUCCUUAAUUGAAAAGGGUAUUACUUCUACAAGAGCAGCAACCAAGAAUAAAUCGUUGGACUGCAUACUAUUAUUGUGUUCCUUGGAUAAUUCCAUUACUCAAUGUAUUGAAUGCAUAUUACCAUUUUUUGAUAAAAAAUUGCCCAAAUUAUUGGCUGGUUCAUUGCAGACCAUUUCAGAUUUGAUUAUUUCAUAUGGGAUGGUUAAUGUUCACUUGAACUCCCUAUUGCCUCAAAUUUUAAAGCCCUUACCCAAAUUGGCAUCGCAUGCUGACAAAAAUGUAAGAGCGGAGACAAUGAAUUUAAUUGUUCAUUUAUAUAAUGUUACUGGCCAAAAUAAAGAAAUACUGCAGGAGUUACUAUUGGAUCAAUUGAAACCAAUCCAACAAAGAGACUUGGAUAAACUGUUUGAAAAACAACAAGAUCAAGCUACCAUAAAACCUGCAAGAUUAUUUGAAUGGCAAAGGAAAGAAUUGGAAAAGCAAAAGGAAGCUGAGACAAUGGCCUCUGCAGUUGCUAUUGACCAAGAUGGUGAUACGGAUAUGGACCUCAAUGUGAAGCCUCUAUCUACCAGUAAUAAUAAAUCUACAUUGGACCCAUUUGCUAUGUUACCUGAAGAAACUGUAUUAGAUAAGUUGCCAGAGGAAUUUAAUGAAAAAAUUGUGUCCGCAAAAUGGAAGGAUAGAGUGGAAGUAUUGGAAGAAUUUCAUGACUUUACAUUGACAAAAAUUAAAAAAUUAAAGAGUAAAAACCAGGAUUAUUCGCAUUUAUUGCAAAUUUUUGGUCAUAUUAUUCAAAAGGAUGCAAAUGUCCAAGCUGUUACCAUAGCUGCACAAUCUGUGGAAAUAAUAUGUGCCAAAUUGAGAACUUCAGGUUUUCAUAAGCAUUAUGUAUCUAUUGUGUUUGUACCUCUAUUGGAAAGAACAAAAGAAAGGAAACCAUCUGUCAUUGAAGCAAUCAGGAAGGCAUUAAGAACAAUAUGUCAAUUUCAUAAUCCAUUAAAGCUUAAUAACGAAGAUAUGCUUCAUGAAAUUUUAGAAUUUAUGAAACAUAAGACUCCACAAGUUCGAUUAGAAUCCACCACAUUAUUCAAUUUCAUCUUACAAAACCCCUUCCAAAAUAAUAGUAAUAUCAAUCCUUUACCAACACUACAAAAAUUUUUAAAUGAUGAAAUUGUUCCCUCUGUCAUUAAAAUUGUUAACGACACUCAACCAAAUUUAAGAUCUGUUGGAUUUGAAUGUCUUGCACUUUUAAUUAAAAAUGUGGGGCAAAGACCAUUAAAUGAAACUUUAGAAUCUUUAGAUAAUUUAAAGAGGAAAAAGAUAGAGGAAUUAGUCAAUAGUUUACCUUCAGUGGAAGUGAAAUCAAUUGCUACUACCAAGCAACAAGAACCAAUAACUCAAUUAAUACCUUCCAAACGUAGUGCGACAUCUCCUUUGAAGAAGACCAAUAUUCAAACCAAAUCAAGGGUAUUGCUAACGUCUAGAUCUUUAACGAUGCCCUCUCCACAGACAGCACUAACGCAGCAACAACAACAACAAGCGACUUCCUUAAGACCAAACAUUCCCUCCAAGACAGAAAAUGAAUUAAAAUUGCAGUUAAGUAAACUUCAAGAGGAAAAAAGAGAAUGGCUAAAAGAAAGGCAAGCGUUUAUUGAAAAGAUAAAUCUGUUAGAGAAUUCUAAAUUAGAAAUGGCAAAGGAAAUGGAACUGAUAAAGGAACAAUCAAGUACGGAUCAAUCGAAUCUGUAUGAGAAGAAUUUACAAUUAAGAUCUAAAGAAUUACAAAUUAAUAAAUCACAAGAAAAGAUUCUUCAACUAGAAAAUGAAUUGAAAAGACAGAAACUGAAUAAUAGCCAAACUCAUACUAUGUCUCCAUCUCAUGGGUUUGCAGAAACAUUAGAGUCCAAUAAUAAUACACUACCGCACAAGACAUCAUCCAUUUCUUCACCGGCCAAUGAUCGUAGAUUAAGUGCAUCCAGCGAUGAUCUACCGCGUCGUGUGGACUCAUUGCAAUUAAGUUCGAACGAAUCUUUAAUCAAUGAAGAGAGUUGGAAACGUGCCGCGGAGGUGACGAAGCAAUUGAAGGCCCGAAUCCAAAGAAUGCGAGUGAGAAACAACAACAUCAGCAACAACAAUACCCCGAGGGCCAGCGGGACGAGUCCCUCGAUGAACCAAUGA